AUCAUAAUUGAGGAUCAAAUUGAAAAAAAUCUACUAAUUCAAGGGCUAUCAAGCUAAAACCCAAAACCCUUCUUCUUCAACCUUCUCUCUCUCUCUCUCUCUCUCUCUCUCUCUUGCUUCAGACAACAACAACAAUGGCGAUCACCAACAGCUCUGAAGAAAUCCUUAUGCUUGAAGCUCCUCCCUCCGGACCUUUAUGGCAUGUACCAGCAAACGCCGAAAUCGUCGACGCUUUACCCUACAUCGACGACGAUUACGCCGACCCAACCGUUAAGAGAGACGUCGAUCGAUUAGUGGAGGAAGAAAUGCGAAGAAGUUCCAAGAAGCCUUCCGAUUUCCUCAAGGACUUACCUCCUCUCCCUAAAUCCAAUUUCCAGGAUCAUCCAAUGCUCGCUAGAGAGUACGAACGUGUUCGAGCUGCGAAGCCUCCGGUGAUUCUUGAUUUUUCUCGUGAUAAGUUGGAGAUUCCUGUGGCUAAUAAAAGGAACGAUGAAACUGCUUGGAAACAAGCUCUUCAGAAAGCUCAGUGUUCUUUGCAGCACCAAACUAUUAGGUUGGAAAAUUUGGACUUGACUUUUAAGUAUGGUUCUGAGGCUUGGAAGCAGCACAAUCGACGGUUGGAAGUGCUCUUGUCAAGACUGCAAAAGUUAGCACAACAACAAUAUGACAAGAUUGAGACAGUAAACCGUGAAAGGAAAUAUCAUCAGCAAAACACUGCUUAUGAGCUUAAUGCUCUCUCUGCUCAGUGGAAAGAGCUUUGUCACAAGAAUAUCGAAAUUCAAGCUGCAUGUGGUCAACUUGAAAAUCACAUAUCUGAUUUAAAAAGAGAAGCUUCAGAAAGAGGAUGGAGUUUGGAGACAAGUGCAGAGGUUAGUUCUAUUCAGAACUUGGAAUGAGGUGUUUAGAUUAUUGCGAUACGGUUCUCGUUUCAAUGUUGGUUUUGGCAGCAAUACCUGUUGUAAGUUCUACUCCUUGAUUUUGCCUCAAAUGUCAUGGAAAAAGAAAAUCUUGGAGUACAAUUUUAGUUGGGGAUGAAGAAAGAUAGUUCAGUUUUAAUUGUUUCUUUAUUCACUUGGUACUUCGGUUAGAAAAAACUUGUUAUUGUAAUAUUCAAAUUUUGGAAAUUAGAAAGUCUGCUUCUUUGUAAUUCAUUGCAAUUCUUGUUAGCUAAAGUUUGUUUUAUAGUCUUUUCACUA